AUGGACAAUGGUUGGAACUUACUCAACAACAGUACCAAUGGUGUCAGAGGGCAGAAUGGUAAUUCCACUAACCUUGCAUGGGACAUUUGGGGGCUUGGUACUCCGCGGUUUGGUUGGACUAAUAGUCACAGCUCAUUAAACCUAGACAACACCACCUCCGUCACCGCCGCGGCACCGCCUGUCUCCGCCAAUUCAACAACCCUCCCAGAUGAGAGUGCAGUCCACGCGCUCAUGUUCUCCGACCAGGUGAACAAUGCCAAUCUUUCUUCUUCUUGUUCUCUAUACGCCGGGGGGUCCCAAUACCCACCGGACCCACACCUUACCUGCUUGGAACUUGGCAAGAGGCACUACUUCGAGGAUGCAACCCCUCUGGAUGAUCGACACGUGGCAGCUGGGUUCUCCUCAUCCAAAAGAUCCAAACCCUAUUGCAGUGGUGGUGGUCUUGUGGGUCCAUCUACGUCGGCUGCGGUGACUGUGGCUGCUCCACCGCCGGCGGUGCCGAGGUGUCAGGUGGAGGGGUGCCACGUAGCGCUGCUGAACGCGAAGGACUAUCACAGGAGGCAUAAGGUGUGUGAAAUGCACUCGAAGGCUCCAAAAGUUGUGGUACUUGGGCUAGAGCAACGGUUCUGUCAACAAUGUAGCAGGUUUCAUGCAGUGUCAGAAUUUGAUGAUGCAAAGAGGAGUUGCAGGAGGAGAUUGGCAGGGCACAAUGAGAGAAGAAGAAAGAGCUCCCAUGACCAUUCUGGACCUAGAAGCUCUAAUCAAGAUCAUAAACUGAUGGCUGGUAGAUAUCCAUACUUAUCAACGCCGACAGGGCGUGCUCUCUCUCUUCUGUCAACAAGGAACGACGACUCCUGGACCACAUCAGCCGACCUCUCCUCAAGAUGCAGUGCUGCACUGCAUGAGCUCAUUGCAGAGCAUCGUGCAGCCAUCUUUACUAGAGACUUGCAUUGGCACAAUCAUCCCAUGGAGGACAUAAAUGGACCCAAAAACGGGUCAACUUCUGUUAUGCCUAACCAGCACCAUAUGUUCCCUGAAACGAUCAACUGGGACCGUUUCAGUGAAGGUGAAGGACAUGUGACACUGGAUCUUAUGCAGGCUCCAAGUUCAACUUUCGGGUUUUUGUCGAUGAAGAGGAAGAGUUUUCCUGAUUGUGGAGCUCCUACUUUAGGAGAGCUUAUGUAGUUUUGAAUCAUAGAGCUGUCUGAUUGUAUUAUUGUGAUUUAGGAGGAAAAUAACUUUCUAGGAUAGCUGAUUGUUUUGGCCUCAAAAUUUGUUCACUACUUGAUUGAGAUAACCAUGUCUUAUUGCAUAUGCCUUUGAUUCAUUAUAUAUGAUUCAAAGCACACCUUACUGAUGCCUAUUAAUCUGAAGUUACAUAGACUGUGAAUUCAACCAAAAGGCGAGCAGAGCCCAAGAAACAGGGAAAGCCCAUCACGG